CGCGUUCGGAUAAACUGUUAUGCGGAUGCUUUUGUUUACCGCCUGGGUGGCAUUUCCAAACGAUCUCGAUCAUCAUGGCGGCGCCGGUCUUGGCGAUCCGGGACGCGGUGCUCUUCCCGGGCGCGUACCUGCGCGUGUCGGUGGGCCGCGAGAGCAGCCUGCGCCUCGUGCAGGAGACGCUCUGGAAGUCGUUCCAUGCGUCGCUCGAAGCGGCGGCCAUCGCGCCCGUCCACGUCGGCGUCUUCACCGAGCACGCUGACACGCUUGGCGCCACGGGCACGUUGGCGCGCGUCGUGCAGCUCCAGCGCGCGCGCACCUUCCGCAAGAACGCGCACGAGUACGAGUACUCGAUGCUCCUCCACGGACUCUCGCGCAUUCGUAUUGCCGAGACGCACCAGACGGCACCGUUCAUCCUCGCAACGCUCGACAAGGUCGACGACACGUACGACACCAACGGCGAUGUCCGGCCACUGCGCGACCUCAUCAAGCACGUGACUGCUACGUUUGCUGUCUCGAAGCGCAUGCAGUUGCCUCGGCUCUCGGACGACGACGACCGCGCGCUCGCCAAGAUCAGCGCGUGGAUUGACAUGCUCUCGGCCCAUGUCCAAGGCUCGCUGCAACAAAAGCAAGCACUUCUCGAUGAAGCCGACAUUGGCACGCGGCUCGACUUGCUCGUCGCGAUGGCCCAAGGCGCGAAUUCGAAUAGCCGUGCGCUCACUCUGUUCCGCAAAACCCCUGCUUCGCCCACCUCUCUCACCAACGCCCGCGAAGACAACAACCACAGUGGCAACGACGAGGAUGGCGACGAAAUGGACGGCUUGGCCAAGAAGCUGGCUGCGCUCGACGCGAGCUUGGCCCCUGCGACUGCCAAAGUCCUCUCACGGGAGCUGGCAAGGCUCAAGCGCAUGAGCCCGCAGCAGCCCGAGUACCACGUGAUUCAAAAUUACCUCGAGUUCAUGCUCGACUUGCCGUGGACGUCGCCGCCGCCGCCCGCGCUCGACAUGGCGACGGUCCAAGCGACGCUGGACGCCGAUCACUACGGGAUGACCAAGGCCAAGACGCGGCUCGUGGAAUUCAUGGCCGUGCGCCAGCUCCAGGACGCUGGCAAAGGCCUCAUCCUUUGCCUCGUGGGGCCACCGGGCGUCGGCAAGACGUCGCUCGCGCAGUCGAUGGCCACGGCCACCGGUCGUCCGCUAGCACGCCUCGCGCUCGGGGGGGUGGCCGACGAAACCGAAGUCCGCGGCCACCGCAAGACGUACGUCGGCGCGAUGCCCGGGAGCCUUCUCUCGGCGCUGCGCCGGGCGCAGAGUGCCCAUGCGCUCGUCGUCUUGGAUGAAAUCGACAAGCUCUCGUCGCGGACGGCGUCGACCUCGAGUGUGAGCCACGCGCUCUUGGAGGUGCUCGAUCCGCACCAAAACCAUGCGUUCACCGACCACUACGCCAACGUGCCUUUCGAUCUCAGCCGCAUUCUCUUUGUCGCGACCGCCAACUCGGUUGAAACGAUUCCGCGACCGCUGCUCGACCGCAUGGAGGUCCUGCAUCUGGACGGCUACACGCUCGAGGAAAAAGUGGCGAUCGCUACGACGUACAUUUGGCCGCGGCAGCUCACACAGCACGGGCUCACCGACAAGGCCUUUGCGCUCGACGACGACGUGCUGUCGUUUGUGAUUCAGAGCCACACGCGCGAAGCCGGUGUCCGCGACCUCGAGCGCAAGAUGGGCGCCAUUUGCCGCCACUUGGCCGUCCUCGUCGUGCAGCAACAGCCGCUUCCGUCGAGUCUCUCGAUCGACUUUGUCUCGGGCAUCUUGGGACCAGACACAGUGCAUGACGAAGUCGCUCUCCGCACCGGCGUCCACGGUGUCGCCACCGGGCUUGCGUGGACACCGUCGGGCGGCGCGAUUCUCUUUGUCGAAGCCACGGCCUUGCCACGAACCUCAUCGUCUUCGUCUGCAUCCAGCAUUGGCUUGCAGCUCACGGGGGCGCUGGGCGACGUCAUGAAGGAGUCGGCGCAGCUCGCGCUCACGUGGCUGCGCGUCUACCUCGAGUCCUCGACGGCAUUGCGCUCGAUUGGCGAGUUUCACAUUCACUUCCCGCACGGUGCAACCCCCAAAGACGGUCCGUCGGCUGGCAUUGCGAUCGUCUCGGCGCUCGUUUCGGUUGUGACAAAGCGGCUCGUGCCGGUGGACAUGGCCAUGACGGGCGAGAUCACACUGCGCGGUGUCGUCUUGCCUGUCGGCGGAGUGCCCCAAAAGCUGCAGGCCGCCAAGCGAGCAGGCAUUGCCCGCGUCCUCCUCCCCGCUGCCAAUCGCGCGGACGGGGACGAGUGGGGCCCGAAGCUCGGGCUCGCAAUCACGUACGUGAGCGACCUCGAUGACGUGCUCGCGACGGUCUUUGGUCUUCCGCGCGCGACGGCGUUGAGCAGCCGUCUCUGAGUAUCCAUCCUUCUCUAACCCCAACCCCAACCGACACCCAAAAACAUAAUCGUAUGUCGUUCGUACGACAAUAUGGGCACACAA